GAUGGCAGAGGAAUAAUAACCAUUUUCAUUUACUCCAGAAGGUGGAAGUGCUACAAAUUCAACAAAGGAUUAUACUGGCAAAGGAAUAGCUACGUAAGAAUGUUUUAUUUUGAAACAGUUAUCCAAAUGGUGAUACCUAUGAAGGUUAAUAUGUGAAUGGAGUUAGAGAAGGAAAAGGGAAAUACACUUACAAUCCUUCAGGGGAUAGAUAUGAAGGUGAAUUCCAACAGAAUUUGAAACAUGGAAUUGGAAGAUUGAUUUAUAAUAAUAAUAAAGGAGAAUAUUAUGGAUAGUGGGAGUCAGGACUUAGGCACGGAGAAGGAUUAUACACAUAUGCCAAUAAAGAUGUUUAUUCAGGAUAAUGGUCAAGAGGAAAGAAACAUGGAUAAGGUACUUAUGUUUUUAAUGACACUGCCAUGAGAGUAUUAAUUUGUUAUAAUUUAUAUAAUAGUUUAGAGGUACUUGGAAUAACAAUGAGAUUGUUGAUGGGGAGUGGAUUUAUCCCAAUGGAACAGUUUAUAGAGGUCCAUUUUAACAUAACAAACCAAAUGGUGUUGGCAGAUUUGAAUUUGCUAAUAAAAAUUAAGUGGAAGGUUAUUAUACAUAAACUAUUGUUCCAAAUGCAAAUCCAGAUGACACUACAUUAAAUAUAUAAUUGGAAUGGGUAACAACAAAACAUUAUUGA